AUGGCUGCGGCUAACGACGAGGAGAUAUUGGAAGGUUUCCUCUGUCCUAUAUGCAAAGCGGAUUUAAAAUCCGCCUCGCAACUUACGAGUCAUUUCGAGAGUUUACACCAGGAAGAACAGGAUGUUCUAAAGUCUUUAAAAGAAAUAUUCGGCAAAGCAAAGAAGAUUAUACUCAAUAAUGACGAUACGGACUUAAAAGAGACAUUUGAUCGAGCGUUAAAGUUUAGCUACCAGGAGAGUUAUUAUUUAAAUGAGGAACAAACAGUGGGUGUGUGCAGGAGUACCACAGACUACCUGAAGGCUGUGAGAGGUGCGCGCCUGGAGAGGUAUGCGACCGAGACUAACAAACUGCUAAUAAGGCUGGAUAAACUUGUAUGUAAUAUGCCCACUGAACCUAAUCAAAGGAAACUUCAUGAACAGGAAGUAGUACCUUGGUUGGAUGGUUCUUCAGUGAAGUUAUGUCCAAAUUGUGCAAAAGCAUUUAACUUGACGCGAAGGAAACAUCACUGCAGAUUGUGUGGUUCAAUUCUGUGUCAUGACUGCUCUUUGUUUCUUGAUAUUGAUAUAGCUAGAGCUGUGGUAGAUCCAUCAGCGCCACAUGCUUCUAAUCAACCUGAACAAGAAAUAACUGAAAAGAAUGGCCUCCGGCUGUGUGAGCACUGCUUCAAUCUCAUCGAGUUACGAAAGCAGGUGCAGGACACUCGAAAUGCGAAGACUGUGCUGAUGACGGCUUAUGAGCAGAUGAGAAGUUUGAUGGACCAGGCCCGACCUGCUGUCGCUAUGUAUGAAAAGAUGUGUCAAAGUCUCUUCGAUGGUGAAACUACAUACAACCUGACGGAUGUGAACGCCAUGCGCGGCCGCAUUGGCAAGCUUGCAGAGGGUAUCGACCUGCUGAGCAAACAGAUCGCUACUUUCCCCACCGAUCCUGGCACCAGGCAAGCCCGGCUACAGAAUUCAAUCAGACAAGCAGCAGCUCAUUACAUUAAGGAGGAUCUCCUAUCCCUUCGAAAAUUACCAACAGAAGCUCAAAUCGAGGAGGUGAGGCGACAGCGGUACGAGCGAGCUGAGAGGCAAAUAAAAAUGGAGAGAGAGAGAAUGGAGAAGCAGCGAGACAGGAUGGAGGAACUCGCCGGCCCCAGUGUCAGCCGGGUGAACAAUGAUGAUGAUGAUGACAACCCGCUGUUGGAGCAAAUGAAUAUCAUCAGGGGAUAUAUUAAGGAGGCAAGGAAAGAGUUGAAAUUUGAAGAGGUGGCAAUAUUAGAAGCAAAUUUGAAAGAGCUGAAAAAAGAAUACCAGUUACAAAAACUGUCCAGUAAAUCCUAG